CGGACGCCCUGCAAGCUCCCCUUUCAGCUUCGGGGCCGAGGAGGCGGGGAGCCGAGGGCGCGCCAGCGGAAAUGCCACUCAGACGGCACCGGACUCCGGGCGGAGCUGGCCGCUUCGAACGGCGCGAAAGUACCUUUUAGUGGGCGGGGGCGGGGGCGGGGGGAGGGGAGCGUCGAAUUUCAGGGGAUAGACAAUCCCGAGCCCCCACAGCCCCCAGCGGGCGGGCGGGCGCGCGCGAUGGGCGCCCUUUGGCAGCGGGAGCGAGAGGAGGAUGCUGGGAAGGAGGUAAAAUGGCCACCGGCGGCGGCGUGGAGGAGGAGAGUCACCGGGGUCGGCCGCAGCUUCUGUCCCCCGCGCCCGCGCCCGCGCCCGCACCGGCCCGGGGCGAGGAGGCCGACGGCGGCCGCGAGAAGAUGGGCUGGGCGCAGGUCGUGAAGAACCUGGCCGAGAAAAAGGGCGAGUUCCGCGAGUCUCGCCCGCCGCGGCGGGAGGAGGAAGGCGGCAGCGGCGCGAGCGGCGGGCUCAUCGCCCCCGCGGGCCUGACGACGCCGGGACUCGGUGACUUUCCCCCAGCCGGUCGCGGGGACCCGAAGAGCCGCCGGAGAGACCCGGCGGGCGAGGCGGCUGACACCCGCAAAAAGAAGAGUGCAGCUGAGGUGGGCAAGAGGAAGAAGGCCGAGGCGGCGGCCAUAGCGGCCCCGGCCAGGCCCAGCUCGGACGAGGACGCGGCCGAGCAAGCCCUUCAGGACGAGCAGGCGGCGGCAGCAGGCCCCGCGGCGGGUCCGGGCAAAGGCCGCUUCCUCGUGCGCAUCUGUUUCCAAGGGGACGAGGGCGCCUGCCCGACCCGGGACUUCGUGGUGGGCUCGCUCAUCCUGCGCUCCAUAGGCAUGGACCCCAGCGACAUCUACGCCGUCAUCCAGAUCCCGGGCAGCCGCGAGUUCGACGUGAGCUUCCGCUCGGCCGAGAAGCUGGCUCUCUUCCUGCGCGUCUACGAGGAGAAGCGCGAGCAGGAGGACUGCUGGGAGAACUUUGUGGUGCUGGGGCGGAGCAAGUCCAGCUUGAAGACGCUCUUCAUCCUCUUCCGGAACGAGACGGUGGACGUGGAGGACAUCGUGACCUGGCUCAAGCGCCACUGCGAUGUGCUGGCGGUGCCGGUGAAAGUGACCGACAGGUUUGGGAUCUGGACCGGGGAAUACAAGUGCGAGAUCGAGCUGCGCCAGGGGGAGGGCGGGGUCAGGCACCUGCCGGGGGCCUUCUUCCUGGGGGCCGAGAGGGGCUACAGUUGGUACAAGGGGCAGCCCAAGACGUGCUUUAAAUGUGGUUCCCGGACCCACAUGAGCGGCAGCUGCACGCAGGACAGGUGCUUCAGGUGCGGGGAGGAAGGGCACCUGAGCCCUUACUGCCGGAAGGGCAUCGUGUGCAACCUCUGUGGCAAAAGAGGACAUGCCUUUGCCCAGUGCCCCAAAGCAGUUCACAAUUCUGUGGCAGCUCAGCUAACUGGCGUGGCCGGGCACUGAACACCCUCCUGCCUGCCAGGGUGAACACACAGCCAGCUUACCCGUCUUAAGUGCCAAAACUUUAUUUUUUCACUUUUUUUUUAUCGUUUUUGAAGAUCUUUUAAAAACCUGCCUUCUUAAACCGAGUUUACUCCGUUUCAGCCUUUUCUGAAUUGAUGACUUUGUCAUCAGUGACUAGUACCGAGGACUGUAGUGUGUGCAGAUUUGUCUCCCUCCCCAGUUUUUUUAGUAUUUGGGGAAGGAGGGUAUCUUCUACGCCUCAUUCCUUGUCGCCCCCCCACCCCCCAUUUUCACUUAAUGGGCUGCCUCCCUUAUUCUUAAUACCCAGGCACCUGGUAGGCACUCCAGUGUUUGUUGAAUUGAGAACAUUGUUGACUGUGGCUUCUAUCACUAUCAGAGUGUCUACCUUUUGCAGUUCUUCCCUUUUAACUUGCUGCUCCUAAUCUCUAUGGUCUGAGAAUUUGUGAAACCAGUGUUGUUAGAAGUGUAUAUAAUCUGAGUCUAAGAUCUGAAUGGUGGCCAGGGGUCUCUCUUGUGGCAUAAAAAUGCACAGACUUUGACAGCUUUUUGUGUGGCUCAGAAGCCAUUUUCCGUAUAAUCAUGGGAUCUGAAAUUACUUUGCUAAAAAGUACCUUUAAAAUAGUUUAGACCAGUUCCCAUUUUCCAUCAGGUGAAAUAGACCCAGAGUGUUUAAAGGACUGGGUCAAAAUUGCAUAGCUAUCUGAUACCAAAACUAGCCUAGAGUUCCCUGACCCCAAACCCGGUGCUCAUUCCACUACCUCUCACACUUCACAACAUUUUCCUCAACACUUGUGAGCCCAUAAAGUCUUAUCUCGACAGAAUGAGGGCAGAGAAAUGGUAGGAAGUCUUCUCACAGAAGAAGCUAAAAAAAGGUUUAUCCAGGGGGCUUCCGAAUACUCAAGAUAGAGCAGGAGCAAAGAAUCAUAAUCCAAGGUGUACUCCUCAACCCUGAUGUUAUCUGGGUUGCAAAUGUGUCAGGUUCUUUGGGCCUUUACUCUUGCCCAUUCUUGGACACUAGUGCAAAUUGGAGAUGUUCCUAAACAAACCUACCAGUGGUUUACAUUUGCUCCUUACUCUCAGUAGAUAGAAACCCCAGAGAAGCAGCAAACUGGAGCUCAUCUGCAGUCUCCUAGAUUUCAGGAGAAAGGUGAUUUAAACCUGGCAUUAUUAAAUGGGCUUUUAACUUUAAAAUAUACUUGCAAAGUGGGCCAAGCCCAGAGGGCUUUGGGUCAACUAAAUGUUAUCAAGUUAAGGUCGUAAGACUGCUUUUUUGUUUUUUCAGUUGCCUUUCCUUUGCUAUAUGUUUUGCUGUUUCCUUGUGACCAAGAAUAUAAAAUCCAUUGUUGUUAAAAGUUUUUGUUCUGAAUAAAUAUUUAUCUUUUGUAUUGCUAA